ACAGCUUAAUGUAAAGCAAUAUACGAUUCAAAAUAAUAAUCAGAUGGAAGGCGAGGGGGAAAAUAAGAUAGUAAUAAUCCAAUAACCAAGCCAGAGAAAUGGAAAUCAGAAUCCUCCAAGUGUUAAUAUCUAUACAAGAGAAGGAGAGGGUAAGAGGGAAAUAAGAGAGGGGGGAGGGGGAGGAGAAGGGAAGGAAGAGGGAAGAGAGAGAACGGAGAGGGUAGAAAUGAUCGCAGGCAAGAUUAGGGCAAUAUCGUUAACAUCAUCAACAUCAUCAUGACCGCGAUGGAGAAGCAACAGAAAAAGAAAAGGGAAAAAAGCCCAAGAGCCAGGCGAAUGGGAGGGUAUACGAAUGGAGAGCGAGAACAAGGGGAAUGUCACCUGCAAGCGCGGGCCGUCAAAGAAAAAAGUGGAUAUUGUGCCAAUCAAAAGGAUGCGGGUAGCACCGUCCCCCGGCGAUGUGUCAGACGGCGAAAGGGGUUGGUCAAUGGCGUUUGUGAUGGAUCAAUUCGGGGGUGGAGAUGGAGAGCGAGACAGACAGAGAGAGGGAGAGAGAGAGAGACGAAGGGGGGAGGGAAAGGAAGAGUGGAGGACAGGCAGGGAGAGAGAGGGCGACCGGAAGACUAUCUUCGGCAGGGGGAGACGGAUGACGCUGCGAUCGACUUGCAAUGCAAGUCAUGGGAAUCCAGAUCUGAUGGGAUCAAAUCAUCCGGAGAGAAGAGAAGCACAGAAGAGACGAAGCCAAAGCCAAAGCCAACGGAAGAACCGAAUGUCGUCAUCCCGGCGAGAUCACGUGCAUCUGGCGCGAAGGGGAGGAUUCACUCGCAUUCCGGAGUAUACAAGAUGUAUAUCAGUGUUCGUCUUCAGAUACUCAAGAUACUCGAGACUGGACAGCUCCUGCCGGUUUGUGAAGGAGCCUGGGGUGGAUUCGACCCAGGCAAUAAUAAUGAACUCGGUUGGGCCAUCAACCAUGGAUCUCCUGGACUGUCGAUGUGGUUCGAGAUAGAUUAAUUUUCAUGACUCUGGCCUUCCUUCAGCCACGCCAAUGAACAUUGCAAUUAAUCCCCCGGUCUACGUAGAUGACUUCCCAUUAAUGCCUUUGUCUUCUCUCUGCAUUCUGCGGAUUCUCUGGUGGCAUCAAUUCCAACCAGGGGCUCUUUUUUAUUUUACUUUUCUAUUUCAUAAUUUUUACCCACCCUUACUUGGAGUUCCGUGGAACUCCUUCUCUCCCGCCUUCUUUGUCUCCCUUUCUUUCAACUCACCUUCUCCUCUCUCUCCCUCUUCCUUCCCCUUUUCAGCAUGUUGGGAUUUCUCC